GCAUGGUACGACGAUCCUAGCCAAGCGGAGACAGCGUUGCUGGGAACUCUCGGUCGGCCGUAAAUGGAUGUGAUCAAGCAGCUGAGUGAGAGCAGCACGCGCCGCGUCGUCCGCGUCGCUACAAGUACACCGCCUGUUCUCAGCCACCGCGGUCCCACCAGCCCUCACUGGCCGUUCCUCACGGACGACUACCGUCGUCGCACUCCUACGCGUCUGCGGCGAUACUCCUUGCAGCUUUUGAGCUCUCUGUCUCUGUUGGCCUGGUGGCGAAAUUCAAGCGGCCAGCCGCUUUGGUGGCGGUUGUGAAAAAUGUCUUUGCAUCCGGCUGGCCUCUCCUCUGAUACCCUCGACGGCAACCCUUCCUCAACCAGUUCUCCUCCCCCCAUGACCCCCGAUCAGUGGAGUGACACGCACGACACAAUAGUGAACGAGGAAGAAGACGACGACGACGACGAAAGGGACGUACAAGAGACGGUCAUUCCCGACGGCGUCGGAGCCAGCAAGGUCCAGGUCGCAACCCCUGACAAAUCGGUUGCACCCUCCUCAGCGACCAUCGUCCCUGGUCCUCCUGAGAGAAUGCAGGAGCCUGCGUCCGACAUGGAAGCGACGAGCGUGCGUAGCAUGCCCGUCGUGCAGGUCACUGAGCCGACCAGCCCUGCCCCCGCGAGUGCUCAGAGCGCGUCACACUUUCCAGCGAGUUCGUCCGGGCCGAACUUGUCGCCUCACCCGUCGUCGCCGAACGCCAAUGCCAGACUCAAUCGGCAUCGUACAGCUCUCGAUACCCGUGCAUCAAACCGCUUGUCUGGAUUCUUUUCGUCGCUCAUUCACCCCGGGCGCCGUGAAACCCUCCCGCCUACUGCUGAAGAGUCUCGGUCUGCGUCCUCCACUCUUGUCAACAACACAUCGAGAGCAUCGUCACCAGGACCCUCCCGACCGUCUACUCCGCCGCCUCGGCUGCCCCCACCUAGCCUCACAGAACUGGGCCUUGCGCUCUCCUCCAUCACGUCUCAGUUGACCCCGUCCCAUGCCAAUGGUCCGCCUACGAGCGGUGCAUUUCUGAAGCCGCAUUAUCUGCUGUUAUGCCAUGCUCAGGGACUUGAUGUCCUCCCUCUGGUUUCUCCGCCUACACCACAGCCUUACGCCCUCAUCAGAAGAGUCGCGUUCAAGAGUGUCGUGAUCAUGGAGCAUCGAGGUGUACUCGUCGCAAUCGCUGGCAGGAGGAACGGGGUCAGGGUAUAUGCGCUGGAAGACAUCAAGCGCGCGGUCGAGUGGAGGGUCGACGUCGAAGUUAGGCGCGAGCAGGACCGUGUGCGGAGAGAAGAAGCGAAACGCGGCCCGCUCACUGCUGUGGAACCUCGAUUGGAGAAGAGGCGAUCGUUCAGCAAUGAACUGGAGAGGACGCCAGUGACUUCGUCGGCCGCGACGAAGGCCAAGCGUCGUUCGUCUAUAUCUGUCCUUCCCGCUGUCCCCGCUGUCCCUCCUGCACGUACGACCAACACAAGGCGGCCCAAAACAGCGGAAGGUCCAUCACAGCCUUCUCCCUUACCAGCACCUGUUGGGCCUCCUCCCGCAUAUACUAGCAGCUCGACCCCGCCGCGCGGGCUUGAACCUCAGCGAGCACUCGAGCCACCCGCCAUCGACGUUGUGCCCACGCGGUCGCGUGCGACUUCGUUGAACGAUGUCCUGCAGGGCACCGUGAGCAGGCGGCACACCGGCGAGUUCCACAUUGAACAGUCGCACGCCGAAGGGACUGAAGACUCGAAGGCUGAUUGGGCGUCGAGCGACGAUGAAGCUAUCAACGUUGUCGCUGCUCCGAGCGGCAGCCAGAUGUUGGAUGAACGGACUAGUUCCAUGGCCGCUGUGCCCACCUUGGGGACCGUCUCUCCGCAGUCAAAUGGCUCGGUUGACCUCGGUCGCGGCCAGACGUCGGCAUCCCUGCAACGCCGGAAUCGUCCUGCGAACCUUGACUUGUCCAUGUCAAGGUCCAACUCCAGGGCCACCGUGACAGCCGCGCCUCCGUCGCCCAACGCCAGGUUAUUGACUCUGCAGCAAGCGCUGACUUUGUCGCCUCAGCCUCAGACGCCUAGAGUUAUGCGUAGCAUGAGUUCCGCUGGCAACGAGCCCUCGCCUGGCCAAGACGCAGAUGCGGAUGGGGAUGCAGACGAGGAAGAUGAUGUGGAUCCUGACCCGUCUUCCCCUACGACACCCACGCGCGAGCGGAUCUCACUGGCUGAAGCUCUCUUGGAAAGUCGGUUGCCUGAAUUACCCCCGGUGGGUACCCGCGUCGAACAAGCUCCAAUACUCAUUGGCACGCAAGACGGUGUCUCAAUAAGCCCUCGCACCUCAGAGUCGGGGACGGCAGUCACGAGGCGAAGUACAGGCGAUCAAUCGACUCGUCGACGUCGGCGCUGGUCCGUAUUAGAUGGGAUAUUUUCUCACUCCCCAACGAACUCGCAGUCGUCCAUCCCAACGCUGCCAGAAGAUGUUCCUCUUGAUCGAGUGGUGUCCCCAUCAGAAAGCAAUGAUCAUGACACCCAGGAGAGCACUUCCAUUGCACCGACCCGACAGUCGAAUUUGGCCCGUAGUCAUUCCAAUCUUGUGCCCGCGUCUGAAUCCCUGCCAGCGGCUCGCCCUUCGAGUUCUUCUAGACCGUCAACUUCUCCUGGGCGGACUAGUACCAGUUCCCGUUCCACUAGAGAUCGUUCCGCCACCAUCGGCAAUGUGCCGCCGUUACCGGCCACAGCUCGUUUCCUGCCUCGCAUCAUCACGAACGCUUUCCAUGGUCGGCGGUCGGAUGACCUGCCUGUACUACCUAGGGCCGGAGACGGUGACAAGCGGCAUAUUGGCUUGGUUCCGCCAUCGCAAGCACCUGCGCCUAAGCUUGAGUACGCGAAACUGCCAGGCACUAAGGGUGCAGUCCUUGUCAAAGCUGUGGAGACAGCAAAGAAGAGCUUCCUGGCUAUUCUCUGUGGUGAGAAUGGCGAGAAAGUAGAACUCUUUGCUGGAACAUACCGAACUGCCCUUCAGCUUUCCAGGACCUUCAUUCUUCCGGACUCUCCAAGGUCGCUUGAACUGCAGCUGCAAGGCGAUGAUCUGGUCGAAGUCUUCCUCGUAUUCACGCAGAAUGUUUUCGGUCUGGAACCUGCUACAGUGCGAGUCCGAGAAGUACGAGUUGGGAGAGCAGAGAGGAGAGCAGCCCGACGCCGCGCUCGGGGCACUAGACUUGACCAGUCAGGCGAUGGUGACGCCGAGGGUAAUGCUGCUGGAGAAGAGGACACUGCCGUGACUGUGACUGUCGUGUCGACGCCUUCCCCUUCCCCGGCCCCGGGCGAAGGUGGCACGGGAAGUCCGGCGACUACUCUCGCUGGUACUCCCGCUGGUACUGGAGUACAGACUCCUGAGGCUAUGCAGUUGCAAGUAGACUCCGCAGCAGCCUCUACUGACGAGCUGCUCACGCUGGCUGCAGCCCAGUCCAGUCCAUACAGUACCUUCCAGCAGCUAACCUUCGCUCCAAACUUCCCUCUUGCCUCUAUCGCCGAUGAGUAUAUCAUCCCUCCUACCUAUGCAUCUUUCAUCGACUAUCGGAACACGUAUGAACCAGAGGUCAACGGGGAUACGAAUGUGGAUCUAGCCAAGUCCAAUUCUCCCAGUUCUCGCCUCCUGGUCUCCCGAUACCCACGCCUGCGCCCCCGUCGAAAUGGUUCUACAGAGAUCCAAGAUGUGGUGCAUGGUCCGUGGAAGGCGACGCUCAUGCAGGCAUGGUACAGGGAUGGCCUUUUGCCUCCUGAUCUGCCCGUUAGGCGAGAAGAAGACAGCGAAUACAUCCUUCUGAAGGACCUGCGGCUGCAAUGUAUCGACCCCACCCAUCCUUUCAGGUCUUCACCUCCCAUGCCCACAACGCCCACCCAACAGCAGCCAUCACCCGUCACUGACGCGACGAAACCUCUACUGCCACCGAUAUCGUUGCUCGCUCAACCCAGGCAUUUCGGGCCUCCCGCAUUGUUUUUCUCUUCGCGCGGUGGGCACAGCACCACGAUCGUCGAUGCACGAGGGAGAUCGGUGCUCAAAGGGCGAUUCCUCUGGACGGCGGAUGAGGAAGAUCCAUCCCCAUCUCCGAUCCGACUCGGCGACGUCAAGCGGCUAGAAGCCUUCGACGUCGACGAUCGGGCAGUCCUCGUCGCGAUGCGCCAAGGUGGCGUCGAGGUCGUCGAUUUCGGUGAUGCGCUGCUGCGGCCUGCGGAUCAUUCUCGUACGAUUUAUCCUCACUUCCAGCCUCAGGGUUCGAGCAUCAGCAGGCGUGGGCCUUUCGUUUGGAAAAUCGGCACGCCUCUGACGUCCACUCCAUCGAUAUCGUCGAUCUCCUCUGCCAACUUCAUCCCAGCGAAGUCACCUUCGCAAGGCCAUCGCAAGAAGAGCAGCACUGGACCCAUGAAGUCGCCGCGUUCUGACUUCACGCUCUCUGGAGAUGACUCCGAUAAGACACAGGACGAAGUGCUCUUCCUCGGCAGGAAGGACGACGACAUCUAUCUCUGUGAAAGGCGGGUGAAUUCCUUCCGGAUAUUGAGACUGUCACCUGGUUCUCCUUAAUGUUGAUGUCGUUAUGCGAGAUAUGCUCUAUUUUCAUCUAAUACUUGCAGGAUCCGGAAUGCCAUUCAUGGCCUGCAUCACGUACUGCUCAUGCCCCAGUUGCCCAUCCAUGUGUUUCCAUAGCCAUAGCAACCAACCUGACAAUUGUACAGGCGGCAGUAAUAUCGUUAUUUCGCGAGACCCACUCACUCACGCAUGUAUCUACACAACGCAACGUCGGGAACCAAGCAUCCAUGCAUAUAUAUUGCUCUCCGCUGUACAUGCAUGGGGUAUUCUAGCAAUCAACGAUCAUUUAUAGUUUUUG